AUGGACCGAAAGCUUAAAAACAAAUCAAACGGAACUAUAGAAAGUGACAAGGGAGAAACUACACGACUGGCUAAGGACCAAAGCCGACCGGUGAAGCUUGUCACGAUGGUCCUAACCUCUGUUCUGGUGGUUGUUACAGACCUUUGGGCUGGACUACUUUGCAGUGCCGUAUUCAGACGCCAUUUUCACCUCCUGUUGUCAGGUGUGGUUCUAUUUGGACCAGCCCUGAGUCUGUGGGUGUCCAAGUACAGCAUCUUUGCAAACAGGAACCACUACCUCUACAGGUGAGGUAUUUUUUGACAACACCCAACAGUAUUAUGGAGAGCCACUAUUCAUGUGGAUUAAAUGGGCAUGAGCAUGAUAGAGAAUGUUGAAGAGAGUAGAUCAAAGUUCCAUUCUUUCAAAGCUCUCUUGUUGUUGGUUUGUGAUAAUGAAUGUGUUGUUUUUGUUUUCCUAAUUUCACACAUAAUAUUCACCCAGUGACCAUAUCAUCUAGUUCUGUCCCGAGCAGGCGCGGACUGGGACAAGAAUUCGGCCCUGGCAUUUUAUCCACACCAGCCCACAUCACUGUGCUCGCCGCGGUAUAUUGGCCAUAUAUCACAAACCUCCGAGGUGCCUUAUUGCUAUUAUAAACUGGUUACCAACGUAAUUAGACCAGUAAAAAUACAUGUUUUGUCAUACCCGUGGUAUAUGGUCUGAUAUGCCACGGCUGUCAGCCAACCAGCUUUCAGGGCUUGAACCACCCAGUUUAUAAUGCAAAUGAGUGCCCGUCAUAUGCGUUUCCCUGAAUCAACACCUACCCUAAGUGUUAACGACUAUUACAGGGCUCCAGACUAACUUUUACAGUCAGUGGCACCAGCCCAUGACUUGGUCUAACCCAAUUAAUCAUAAAGUCAUUCAUUAAGAAGUGUAAUAAUUAGAGUACUGAGGUAUUCAAGAAGAAAGUUGUUUCAUCGAACACGUCCAAGCAGGAAUGCAUGAUUCAAGAUAUUUUGAUGCGCAGUCAACAACCGAAUACAGUGAUUAUCAUGAAUUUUGGGUUGGCAAUUAGACUAUAGAUUUUUUUUGUUGUUGUUCAAUAGUGAUGAAUUACAUACAUCUUUAUGUGCACUAACUAAUAUCAUAGGCAAAUUCAUUUGGGGUUCAACACCUGAGGAAGUGGAAACUCAAAGCACAUUAACUAGACCGCUAACUCUAAAUAUAACACCCACUGCAGGUAGCCAUGCAUUCAUCCAACAGUAAAUAUAAUGUCCUAAAAAACGUUGCAGUUGUAGGCUACUGCCCAUGAGACCUAUAGGCAGGCCUAUGCCCUCACAAUGGCCGGUGCACAUUUCGCAUGCGUGCCACUCCAUAUCUCAAAGCCAUAUCAAAUAUCUUGGUUGUAAAAUAGUUGCUAUUGAGAUCAAUAUUGAGAGUUGAGAAAUAAAAAGUAUACCUACAGAAUGCUGAGACCCUCCUCUCUUCGAUAGGGACAAGGGGACAAAGCUUCCAAAGCUGUGUUUUUCCCACAAUUGCAUUUUGAAAUGUUAAACGAUCAGAACACAUUUUUCUGUUGAGCUCAUGGGGGGAGAGGAGAGUGACUUGCUCUUCACAGCAGCUGGCACCAGCAAGGGCACAAGGCACACACUUUCAUUACAGGAAUCAUCAGGAUAUUGCACUUUACGGUUUGACCAAAUCAUGGUUUUAGAUGUUGCAGGUCUCUUUGCUGAUGCCGCCUUUGAAUGUUAGUUCAGAAAACCGGGCCAGCCCAUCUUGGUAGGGGGGCUGGCCGUUUCCCACUGAGCAGCCAAAGGCUCAUUAUAGAGGAGUAUAACAGAGAAAUUGCGCAAAAAAAAUACAAUAAAAUAAAAAAAACUGGCCCAUGGGCCACAUAACCUUCUUCAUAUAUAAAUAUUUUUGUGUGUGUCAAUUUCGACCAGGCCACCCAACUAAAAAAUGGUCCAGCCCAUCUGGCAUUUGCCAGAAGGCCAAUCCGCCCCUGGUCCAGAGUUAUUUAGCCAUCUUACAUUUAUACUGGAUACCUCUGCUUUGGAUUCUCUCUCAGGAUGUUCCUGCGAUCAGGCUGGGGCUGGACCUGUGUUUUCACUGGCUCCUUCAUCUUCCUCCUCUCCUUCUCCAUCCGUCGAUCCCUCGCUCUCUCCCUUCGCCACCUCUCACGGAUAGCCGCCGUGGGAGCACUGUGGUGGGGCUCUCGCAGUCUCCUGACUCUGCUGGAGAACAUGGCAGGCAGCUGCUACGAGCCCAUGCCUGCUACCCUGGAUGGGGGCCUGAACCUUGGCCAGGGAGCCGGUGUCCCAGGGAAGUCCUUACUCCUGCUCCAUGAGGGCGAGAGCAAGGCCUCCUGCCUGAAAGCGGGCAUGCUGUGGCGGGGAUGGGAGGUCUCGGAGGACGCUCUCCUCCUCUGCCUCUGCUGCCUGCUCCUGGCCGAGGAGACUGCAGUGUUGGGGCCCUACCUAGCCCUGGGAGGGCCCUCGGGGCCCCCGCUUCGCCUGCUCUUCCUGCUCUGCGUCUCCCUACUGGGUCUGUGGCUGUUUCUGCUGCUCUGUCUGCUGGCUUACUUCCCGCAGUUCCCCUCCCAGCUGCUAGGGGGAGCUCUAGGCUGUCUGGGCUGGAGGGGGAUGUAUCAGGGCUGGUAUCGCAUGCAGCCCAGCUGGUGCUGUCCUGGGUGGCCUGGAGAGGGACUUCUCACCACAGCUCAGAGAGAGCCAUACAGCGAGAGGGGUGUUCAUGAUGUGUGGCCAAAGGAUUAA